GUUUCCAUGUGCUGCUCUGGUUUGCCAGAAGUGGCUUUGUCAUGCUGGCCACAUGACCUGGAAGCUGUACGCCGGCUCCCUCGGCCAAUAAUGCGAGAUGAGCGCGCAACCCCAGAGUCAGUCAUGACUGGACCUAAUGGUCAGGGGUCCCUUUACCUUUACCUUUUACCUCUACCAUGCAAGAGGGUGGGGCACCCUGCUCCAAUCGAGGUACAUAUGUCAGUAUAUAAAGUCCCAUCCCUUUGUGCAGUGGGGUUGUCUGAACACUCUUCUGAAGCAGGCCUCUGGUCCACGUAGAACAGUGCUGACUCCUUUGACUGAUAGCAACUCUCCAAAGUCAGCUGCCUCAGGGGUUGCCAGCCCUUUUAGGCUCAUUGGCACAUUUGGAUUUUUGAGGAAGUGCCAUGGGCACCCCCCUCUUGUCCCUUUCCUUUGCCCACCCCACAGAGAGAGUGUGUAUGCACUAGGGCAGUGGUUCCCAACAGGUGGUCCGCGGACCCCCAGGGGUCCGCGAGCUAUGCCAGAGGGGUCCGCAAGAUGCUAUUAGAAUAAAAAAUAUAUUAAAUAUAUUUCGUAUGAUAACAGAUUUUUUGUUUUGGCCGCUUCCUGCAUGAGCAGAGUCUAGCGCAAAACUAGAAUUAGAUAGAGGCAGUAGUUCUGCUGUAUGCCGUUAGGUGGCACUUUACAAACACUACUGUUUUGCAAAGAGGCAGCGCGCACAUUCUACUAACGCUCACCUCCCCAAGAUGCUUUGCGCGCGUCGGCUUCAUUUGUGCGCUACUGCGCAGGUACCCUGUCUUCUCCAUUCCCCUCCCUCCUCCCUGGACUCUUAUAAAAAGACUCUUAAUUUGGCUCUCACUUUUUAAUUUUAGGAUUAGGAAUUGUCACAAUAGCGGCUCGAUGAGGGGUCCUCGAGAAAAUCUUGUUGGGAACCCCUGCACUAGGGUGAUGACUUUUUACAACCUCAUUUCCCUGUAUCAUAAUUUGAUGAGCUUUCAUUAAAGAUUAGAUAAAAUCUUACUUUCAAAGAGAUUUGAUAAAAAAAAACCUCAGGCACCAAAUGAUUUUUUAAAAAAUUAUUUAUCAGUUCUUUGACCAUUUUUGAAGUCACUGUAAGCAGAUAUAAAAUUGAACCCAUGCUUUAGAGUCACAUAUCUACAACAUUAUACAGUAUAGGGUCAUCAAACACACAAGGAAGCUUUUUUUUAGCUGCAGUAACAGUAUAGAGGACGAUGUUUUGCUACCUCUCCUGUAGGUUCUUUUCCCAGCAUGCCCUGGCAGGGUCUGCUGGCUGAGUUUUGAGGUCCCAAAAAGGGGCUUUCACCUUGCGCAGGUGUGACAUUUGUAUACCCUAUGUUGCUAAGAACACUCCCCAUUGUGGAAUGUGGUGUUGUGUCCAAAUUUGAUAUGAAAUAUAUAUAGAAUUGUUAAUACAAUUUUAUGAUAUGGUAAAAUGGCAUACAAAAAAAUUAAAAAUGGUUUGUGCGUAACCUUUUUAAAUAUUUCAAUGGAAUAUGCCUCAUUUUUGUCAUUGAUAGGCAAAAGUUCAUCCAUUUGUGCUAUAGGAAAUAAUUUUUGAGGGGGGAAAAUGAAAAAGUCAUCACCCUAGUGUGCACACACUUAACUUUUCCAAGAGGUCUUGGUGGUUACAGGUGGAUCCAGCAGAAUUUAUCUGAGAGCUCACCCACACUUCCCUUUGUGCCUCAUUUCUAGGCACAGUUCUGGGCUUUAAAGCUCUGUGUCUAAGCAGGGUGUUUUUGGGGGAGUUUCCCCCUGAAAAAAAACACCUGUGUUUUGCUGCAGAAUUGGAGCAGUCAGUAACUGAAUCUUCUGUGGGUUGCCAUUUACUCCAAUUUAGCUGUAAAACGCAGGGAAUGCACCAGGAGAAAGAAAGAAAGAAAGAAAGAAAGAAAGAAAGAAAGAAAGAAAGAAAGAAAGAAAGAAAGAAAGAAAAUUGUUUAUACGCAAAGCUUUAAAGCGAAGACCUGUGCCUGGAAAGUGUGGAGGAAAAGGAUGGGGCGUGAGUCUUUGAAAUGCACAUCAGAGUGUCACCCUCCCAACUUCCUCCUUCAGCUCUGUGUCCUUUUCAAGGAAGGAGAAGGUGACCCCUCCAUUCACCACCUCAUGACCAAGGGAGCAGGGUGUGUGUGUGUUAGAGAGUGGCCUAUGGGGCACCUCUCGUCCUUUGAAUCACAGGAUCCUUCCAAUAGGAGAUGCCAUGGAUUGAAACAGGGACCUUCUCCUGCGCUCUGCCCUCCCAGCUCUUAACCACCCAUCCAGUGUUGCUCAAUAUGUUUGAGUUGUAACUAUUCUGUUGCAAGAUUAAACUCGGUUAUUUUUUUUUCCUUAAGGGAAAUGGUUAUGCUGAGUUUUCUUAAGACACACCCUGCUUGAGACAUGCAAGGCAGCCUCUGUUUGCAGAGUAAGGUGGUGGGAGGGGGGGGGAUUUCAGCAUUGUCUAUUGGAGAGGGAAAAGAGCGAUCUUUCCUGAGGAUGUCAGAAGUUGUGCUGAAUUUGUGAAGAGCCCUGCUGGAUGGAUCAGGCCAAAGACCCAUCUAUUCCAGCAUCCUCUUCUCCCAGUGGACAACCAAAAGCCUUCGGGAAACUCAAAAGCAGGAUAUAAGUGCAACGAUGAUGUGUCUGCUUUUGGUUCCCAGGGACAUGAAUUCAGAAGCUUAAUUCCUCUGUGAUGCUAUGUGUGUGUUUGUUGAAUGGGGAGAGUUAGCAGGUGGGAGGGGGCCCUACACCUGCCUGCGAAUGCAAGUGCAUAAUCUGGGUUGUUGUGCAAAUGCAAAGCCUCCGAUUGGCCAAGAAUGCUCAUCUGCAUUACAAAUGCCUCUCUUCCGCUUUGUCUUUUCCACGUGAACAGCGGCUGCAAGGUCACACACCCCAUGAGCACACAUGUAUGGCAACGGGGGCUCAGACCACUUUGAGGCCAAACUACGCAUCAUCUUUGCAGUGCAAGCUGCUUCUGCUUCUCCCCCCCCCAAUAAAUUUCUAAGCGAGAGGAACCCAGUCUAGAUCAGGACCCUAGAAUGGUGACAUAGGGGGCGGGGUUCCGAAAGGGGCAGAGUUCAGUACUACUUAGAAUCAUAGAGUUGGAAGGGACCCUGAGGAUCAUCUAGUCCAACCCCCUGCAAUGCAGGAAUAUGCAGCUGUCCCAUACCAGAAUCGAACCUGCAGCCUGCGCGUUAUCAGCACCCCAACUGAGCUAUCCGGUCUUCAAUGCAUGUGAUGUGGGAGUUUGAUGAUUGGCACUUGCAACAGUUUUUUUUUACUUCCAUUGAAAGGAGCUAGAGGAGCGGGGAGGGGUGGGGAUCAGUGCCAUUUGCUGGGGUAGAGAGGACCUAACUCCUCCCCCCAGUGCUGUUUUCCCAACUUUGAAUCAUCCCCCUGAAGCAGCUAUAGAAAGGGCCAAAAGACAGGUACAAUAUUAAUAGCAGCUGCAUUUAAAUCAGGGAGUCAGUACAGAGGGGAAAGGGUUAAACCCACCCUACUCCAGCCUCACAGCCCUGAUCUAAAUGGGUCGUCCCCCCAGCUGCCACUGGUGACAGUCUAGUGACAAAUUUGCGACAUCCCUAGAAGUUUGGCCCAAAUAUUGCCCUGCUUUAAUUGCUGUGCAGAUUUCAGGGCGAAGCAGCGUGUUCCUUUCUUCAGUUCCUUCUUCCCCUCCCACCCAUCCUGUGAGCUUUGCUGAGAAAUGCCAUCUCACGCUCCGCACGAUCUCAGGGCCUAGGCUAGGGGCAGGGAAGCUUUUUCAGCCAGAGGGCCACGUUCCCUUUCCAGCAACCUUCUGAGGGCCAUGUGCUGCUGGUGGUGCAUGAGGCCAGAGGCAAAAGGAGCCAGAGUCACAAAUGCGAAUUCUACCUUUUUUUUUUUACAGCAGGCUGGUUUCUACACGUACUCUCACCUCCCUCACACCCUUCAACUGUCCCGGUAAAAAUGGGACACCCCAUUUUUCCUUGUGAGAGCCCGCCGGCAGCCAUUUGAGACGCUGCGAUCUCACGUGAUUUCCCCCUGGGGAAAAAAGCACUUUUUCUGAGGCGGAAUUGCAGUGCGGAAUUGCACAAGGUCGUGGCACCCAAAAUGUGUUGCCGUGCUCUCGCGAGAAAAACAGGAAGAUGGCAUCCUGGUUUUCCCCUUCAACAUGUUGGAGGGAAUGCUCCCUCUCUGUCCUCCAUCCUGGCAAGGACACAUUUCCCAGGCAAACAUAAAGACCGAAGGAGGGCAUAAAGUAAGACCACCAAAGGGUGCAGCCAGGAGGAAAGGAGUGUGGGAAGAGUCCCAAGGGCCAGAGAGAGGGUCACCAAGGGCCGUGUUCUGCCCCUGGGCCAGUGGCUCCCCCCCCCAUUUCCCAUAUAUCUGCGUGUAGCUUUAUAUUUGCAGCUGGAGUUGUGUCUUCCCCAUAAAGGGUGCAGGACUGCUUGUCUGGAGAGCUCUCUGUGAUCCUGGAGGGGUGGGGUGGGGGAAAUCUCUGCUGGCAGAGCUCCCAAACCCCGCGGCUUACUUCCAGCCCCCAGCACAGCCCUGUGGAGAUUCCCCCCCAACCACUGACACCUCCUGGCUGCGUAUUUCAAUCUGUUUGCUGAGCUUCUCUUCCGAGCCCCAGGGUCUGCCGUUGCCAGGGAAGUUGUAGAGCCGUGUGUCUUCCUCCGCUUCCCCUUUUGGGCCGCUUUCCCAAUGAGCAUGCUGCAGGGGAAGGGCCCUAGCUCAGUGGGAGAGCACCGGCCUUGCAUGCGGAAGGUCCCAGGUUCAAUCCCCGGUGUCUCCAGAGAGUAGCCCUGAGCCUCAGCGGAGGAGCAUGGAGGAGCAGCCAGCACGAGAGCAGCUAUCCCGGGAUGGCCCUUCCGUUAGCACAGGAGACCAGAAGCUCUUUGGCUAUGUGGGGAUCGAGGCCGUGAUGGACCAGAUGCGGAUCAAGACCAUGAAGACCGGCUUCGAAUUCAACAUCAUGGUUGUAGGUCAAAGUGGCCUCGGCAAGUCCACCAUGGUGAACACGCUCUUCAAAUCCAAGGUCAGCCGGAAACCGACAGGCUCCGGUUACGAGGAAUGCAUUCCCAAGACCUUGCAGCUGCUCUCCGUCACUCGCGUUGUUGAAGAGAAGGGUGUGAAGAUGAAGCUGACAGUGACAGACACGCCAGGAUUUGGGGAUCAGAUUAACAAUCAAAACUGCUGGGACCCAAUCAUUGAAUAUAUCAACGACCAGUACGAGCGAUACCUGAGAGAAGAGAUCCUCAUCAACCGCAAACGGAAAAUCCCCGACACCCGAGUCCACGCCUGUGUAUAUUUCGUGCCACCAACUGGCCACUGGUUGCGCCCCUUAGAUUUGGAGUUUAUGAGGCGGCUCAGCAAGAUCACCAACGUUGUGCCUGUGAUCGCCAAGGCCGACACUCUGACCUUAGAGGAACGCGCAGAGUUCAAACGGAGGAUUCAGGAUGACUUGAAGGCCCACGGAAUCCAUGUUUACCCCCAGGAGGACUUGGAUAGCGACCCCGAUGACAGGCUUUUGAAUGACAAAAUACGGGAGAAAAUCCCCUUUGCAGUGGUGGGAGCCGACAAGGAGCACCAGGUGAAUGGGAAGAAAGUCCUGGGCCGCAAGACCAAGUGGGGGAUCAUUGAAGUGGAAAACUCGGCCCACUGUGAGUUUCCUCUGCUGCGGGACCUCCUCAUCCGAUCCCACCUGCAGGACCUCAAGGACAUCACCCACAGCGUGCAUUACGAGCAGUACCGCGCCCAGCGCCUCAACGAGAACAACCUCCUGGCCACGGGCGGCAAGCAGCUGGCCCUGAGCUGCCUCAACGGAGAGUUGGAGAGCCAACUUUGAGCUGUGGGGACAGCCUGGUCCCUCUUCCCUCCUCUCCAGCCUCAACAGAUACCCUCCACCAAUAGCUUCAGUGGACUGGUUUCCCCUCUCCCUCCCCCCGAACCCCCUCUUCCGGGAUCAUCUGGAGCAGAGUUCCUGAGCCCCCAUCUCCUCUGAGCAUAAGAAGAAGCUCUUGACUGUGAAAUCUCAACCUCGCUGCCGGGCGCCUUCUUGCCCCUUCCUUUCCAUCUGCCUCCUGCUCAGCCUCACACCUCAGAGCAGAAGGACACUGGGAGAACGAGAGAGCCCAGCAGCCCACCUUCCCCCUCUCCACCCUUGGCAUCUCACGUGGGACACCGUCCUUUGCCUUUGCCUGAGCCAAGCAGUGUGUGUGGCCCCGGGGAGACCUCCUUGCCGCCUGUUGAGGCUGUCCAUCCGUCCCCUUCCAGACUCCACUGCUUUGUCAGGCAACCCACUUGUCCCAACGGGCCCUGGCAGAGCCGGCCAGUUUAUUUCCUUAACCCUUAAAUGACACCACAGCCAUGUCUGUUUCUUCUAUGACAUUUUUAUCUCCAAUAUGCUGGCAAUACUAGGACAGUUCUCCUUCGUAUUCGUUGGUUGGCAAAGGGGGCAUGGGGAGGGGGGAAGGCAGGUAGCAGAGAGCUUUUGAAGGGCCUGUAAUGCAUGAAAGGUUAAGCCCGCCAUCGCUGGGGGCAAAGAGGGAUCCCCAUUUCAGACACUCCAAAGCUGGGGUUCUAGCAACUGUAAUAGCCCACAUGCGAAAGCAAAGAGAAUCUUCUGGAGAAGUUUCCACCUCCCAGUGUUCCUGCAGGACUUCGGACUGGCUCUUUGGACCACCCUCAGUUUGUAAGAACCAGGGAGGGGGCAUCAUUUGAAGGCUACUGCAUCAAGCCAGGAGGCCAAUAACUGGCUUGUACAAUAAAAGCUGAUUGGAACAAAACUCCCUCUUCAUAUCUCUUGCCCCAGAGAAGAGUCUGGGGUUGGGAAUUAAGAGAAGACAAUUUUCCAACUGGUCCCUUGUUGAUGCAGGAGCAGUACAGGAGAACAGCGCCAUCUCCUGGAAGGAGGUCAGCCUGCCCAGGCUCACAUUUUCAUCCUACUACAGUACUUUUAUACUCUUGGGCAGGGGGGGCCUGUGAGCAGAUUGUGCUUCUCCAGUUAAUCCAUUAAAGAGCGACUGUAGAAGGUUGUUGGGUUCUUUGGUUUGGCUUUGCCUGGUUGCUUUGGGUCCUUCUUGAGGGUGAAGCUGGGGACCUCUCUCGGCUCAGGGCUUGCCUUUCAGUGAGCCAAUAUAAGAUGUUUGGUUCAAGCAGAGCAGCAGGAGAGAUGGCAGAUCAUGCACACACUUUUUACUAUUGGCUGCCCCACAAGGCUGUUCCCCCACCCCAGUUGCCGCUGAUGUCCACUACAGGCCCCCGUGCCUCCUGCCCACUUAAGAAAGAAAGCCAGGUGAUAUCGAGUAGCUCAGUUGGUAGAGCAUGAGAUGGUUAAUCUCAGGGUCAUGGGUUUGAGCCCCAUAUUGGGCAAAAUAUUCCUGCAUUGCAGGGGGUUGCGCUAGAGGACCCUCAUGGUCCCUUCCAACUCUACAAUUCUAUGAUUCUCUGGGUACCUGCUGAAUGGGUUUAAGCUUCAAACAGUUUUUGCUGCCGUAGCAAAAUUAUAACAGUGGCACAGAUGUUUCUACAGGUUCUUGG